GCUGUGCUUCAAACCAUUUGAGCUAGCUGACUCACGACGCCAUCAGGCGCGAGACUUGCAGAGGAUUACUUUUUUUUUGCUGUCGUCCGGAUUUAUACGGAGUAUAACGGCACUUUUGUUUCCAGAACCGCUCUUCUUAGACGUAUCAUUUGCAUUGAACCACCGCCAUCGAUGAGUGUCAUUGUCAACUGGACGCCAGCGCUCGAGUCCCGAUAUCUCCCAGCAGUAUGGAACCCGAGUCCGCAGCGCGACUGCAGAGCUUAAACCAUUGUACUGCGUCAAGACUGUAUGCGCCAUCGCAACCCUGUACUGUCGCCAUCCGAGCGAAUAAAGAGCGCAGCGUUUCGUCGAAAUCAUGGGGAGCGACGGAGGAAAAGAAGAAAUUUGGAAAUACGCUGCGUCAUGUCUGGUCGCGUUGCGAAGUACGUGAUAUGGAAGGAUCGUGGUCCACCAAUAUACCCACCGCCGGCAUGGGGUUCAUCGCAAAUCCCUACUCAGGUCUUGACUCGCUCAAGACCGCUGCUUUGCUAUCAGAGAUCAUAUUAACAGGACCCGAACCUACGCAUGAUGGCCAGUCACCUCCGUCUUAUGAAGAAGCUAUCAGCGAUCUACCUCCAGAAUAUUCUACUAUCCCGGUUCUAGCCCGCGCAAAAGUGUCCACACCUGAGCCAGCACCCCCGCAUAGAAUUCGAGAUCAUAAGCGGCAGGCUCCUGGGCAGUGCGCUCCCAGUGCAUCAAUAGAUUUCGGAGAGCCGUAUGGUGCCCGGGAACACAAAAAGAAGAAGGGUUCUACCGCCAAGAAGACACAGACGAAUAAAUCCGCAGGAUCGGAUAACGAAGGUGAAACUAAUGCAAAUAAUGAAGGCCAGGAUGGCGGAGAUGCUGGUUCUGGCGGCGGGUCAGCCGGAGAUGGCAAUAAUGGCGGUGGUGGUGAUGAUGGUGGCGACGGCGGCGAUGACCCCGGUGAUGACUGGACCGAUUGGGCUACGGGGGGUAGUAAGAAGAAAAACAAGAAGAAGAAGGCCGAAGAGGAGGAACAAAGAGCGAAGGAAGAAGAAGAGAAGAAAGCAGCCGAGGCCGCAGCCGCUACCUCUGCAGCCAAUAAUCUUAGCUGGGCCGACGAGACCGAGGCAAAUGCCGAUGAUAUAUGGGCCGGUUUCACUACCGCCGGCAAGAAAAAGAAGGAUAAGAAAGGAACUGCUGGACUGGCGCCUGCUCCGGCAGCAGACCCGCCUACGAAUUCAUUUCAGGAUGUCAGUCUCGAUGACACUACGCCUCAGCUGGAUCUGAGUUUUGACGCACCAGGUGGGAAGACCUCAGGGGCUGGGUUCGGUUUUGGCGGCUGGGGUACAGACUGGAACACUGGAAACAAAUGGGGCUUCGAUAACGCCAACAAUGGAUCCAAGGGAAAUGGGGGCGGCGAAAAAAAGAGUGAUAAUCCCUGGUCAUUGGGUUCAGGCGGAAAAGACAAGAAGGGGUUCGACUUCGGCAAUCUCGGAAAGGACAAUACUGCUUCUGUGACAAAGAACGAGGAGCAGGAUGAUUGGGGAUUUGCUACUGUCAGCAAGAAAGACAAGAAGAAGAAAAAUGGCGCUACGCAGGAGCCUGAACCCGCAUCCGUCCAGGAACCAGAGCCUGCUGACGACUGGAAUAUCUGGGGCACGAAAAAGGACAAGAAGAAAGGCAAAGAUGCUACCGAGGAGCCUGCAAAAAAGCCAGAUCCCCCGCCGGCAGAGCCUGAACCUGCAGCCGACGACAUUUGGGCAGUAUGGGGAAAGAAAGAUAAAAAGAAGGGAAAGGCUGCCGAAGAACCGCCAAAGGAGCCAGACCCUCCUGCUCCGCCAGAACCUGAGCCGAUCCCGGAUGCCUGGGGAACCUCAAUCAGUAAGAAGGACAAGAAAAAGAAAGGCCUCUUGAAGGAAGACCCAGUGCCGGAGUCCAAGCUUAAGGAAGCAUCAAAUGACAAUAUCUGGUCGGCUUUGGGGACGUCCAAGAACAAGACAGAGACUGCUGAUGAUAAUGCAUGGAGCAGGGCCACGUUAGCCAAGAAGAAAGACGACAAGAAUUCUUUUGAAGACCCGGUCCCAGCGCCUGAGCCUCCGCCAGCAGUGGCUGAAAAUAAGGAUGCAGAAGAUGGCUGGGGAGGUUGGGGAAUUUCAACAAAGAAGGACAAGAAGAAGAAGGGAGCGGUAGCAGAGCCACCACCCGCACCGCCGGCUCCGGAGCCUGCAGCAGCAGAUGACUGGAGUAUCUGGGGUACUGCAAAGAGCAGUAAAAAGGGUAAGAAAGACAAAGUUGUGGAACCAGAGCCAGCACCCGAACCUGAACCUCAACCUGAACCCGAGCCUGAGCCAAGUCCUACAGUAACUUGGGAUCCGCUCUAUGAGAAUUGGGCCACUUUAUCAGGAAAGGAGCAGAAGAAGAGAGAAAAGCAACUCAAAGCAAAGGGUCUUCCUAUACCGGAGAAGGAUAUUCCUAUUCCGACAAAACCUGAACCUGAGCCUGAGCCAGCGCCCGAAUCAGAACUUAAACCUGAACCUGAGCCGGAGCCUGAGCCUGAGCUGGAACCUGCAGUAACUUGGGAUCCACUCUAUGAGAAUUGGGCUACUUUAUCCGGCAAAGAGCAAAAGAGAAGAGAAAAACAGCUCAAGGAAAAGGGUCUUCCUAUACCAGGGAAGGAUAUUCUUUCUAUUCCAACUAAGCCUGAGCCAGAGCCAGAGCCAGAGCCAGCACCUGAAUUAGAACCUGAACCAGAGCCGGAGCCGAAGCCGGAACCUGCAGCGCCUUGGGAUCCACUCUAUGAGAAUUGGGCCACUCUAUCAGGCAAAGAGCAAAAGAGAAGAGAAAAACAGCUUAAAGAAAAGGGUCUUCCUAUACCAGGGAAGGAUAUUCUUUCUAUUCCAACUAAGCCAGAGCCAGAGCCAGAGCUAGAGCCAGAGCCAGAGCCAGCACCUGAAUUGGAACCUGAACCAGAGCCGGAGUCGAAGCCGGAACCUGCAGCGCCUUGGGAUCCGCUCUAUGAGAAUUGGGCUACUUUAUCAGGUAAAGAGCAAAAGAGAAGAGAAAAGCAGCUCAAAGCAAAGGGCCUUCUUGUACCAGGGAAGGGUAUUCCUGUUCCAACUAAGCCAGAGCCGGAGCCUGAGCCUGAGCCUGAACCUGAACCUAGGUCUGAGCCUGAGCCAGAGCCAGCACGCGAACCAGAACCAGAACCUGAGCCUGAGCCUGAGCCAGAACCACAACUAGAGGCUAAACCUGCGGCGCCUUGGGAUCCGCUUUACGAGAAUUGGGCCACUCUAUCUAGUAAAGAGCAAAAGAGAAGAGAAAAGCAGCUCAAAGCAAAGGGCCUUCUUGUACCAGGGAAGGGUAUUCCUGUUCCAACUAAGCCAGAGCCGGAGCCGGAGCCAGAGCCAGAGCCAGAGCCAGCACGCGAACCGGAACCAGAACCUGAGCCUGAGCCGGAACCUGAGCCCAAGCUAGAGGCUCACCCGCAGGAUCCGCUUUACGAGAAUUGGGCUACUUUAUCAGGUAAAGAGCAGAAGAAAAGAGAGAAGCAGCUCAAAGCAAAAGGCCUUCCUAUACCAGGGAAGGACAUUCCUAUUCUAACUGAGCCUGACCCUGAGCCAGAACCUCAGCUAGAACUAGAGCCAGAACCUGAGCGCGAACCUGAGCCUAAGCCAGAGGCUCAACUGCAGGAUCCGCUCUACGAGAAUUGGGCUACUUUAUCAGGCAAAGAGCAGAAGAAAAGAGAGAAGCAGCUCAAAGCAAAAGGCCUUCCUAUACCAGGGAAGGACAUUCCCGUUCUAACUGAGUCUGUAGCGGAACCUGAACCUGUCGUUGAACCCGCCCCUGAACCUAUUGUGGAACAACCUCCCGAAGAGGAUUGGGGAAUCUGGGGAACCGCAAAGGAAAAGAAGAAGAGCAAAAAGAGCAAAGCUAUAGAAGAGCCUCCACCUCCGGCACCUACUCCUCCUGCUCAAGGCCUCACCCCCGAGCCAGACCCAGCUUCUGCUCUAGAUGCUAUCGCUGAUGAUGACCCGUGGGCAGGGUUCAGUACAAAAACGAAGGGCACUAAGAAGGGUACACUAACUAAGACGAAGGUCGAUGAUAGCAAGCUGCUAAAGACUAAGAGCAAAGAGAAGGAGCCAGUCGAAGAGUCUAAACCAGAGCCGGCUGUGGCAGAUACUCCAGCUAAAGCGGUCAGGAGUUUCUGGGGAAGUCUAGGCACAAGCACAACGACUAAGUCAAAAUUGAGCAAGUCGAAAGAAGAGAAACCCAAGGACCCUGAACCCGAACCUAAAGCCGAUCUACUGGACCUUACGGAAGAGUCACCCAAGAAAAGUAGCAAGUCCGAGAUCAAAGCUGGUGAUGCCGGCAAGAAGUCUCACGGUAUCGAUGAUCUCCUGAUUGAUGUAGGGGGUGGAGAGGCGCCUACCGCGGCUGCGGAUGAUGCAGCCGCGACAGCCGCGCCGCCAGCGAAGACUGCGUCCGCAUCGAAGACCAAGACAACUGGCAAGCUCUCAGUCGCCGAACGCAUCAAGGCCCUUGAGCCGGCCAAGAAGGAUAAGGAGAAGGAGAGGGAAGAAGAGAAGGAAAAAGAGAAGCAAGAAGAGAAGGCGAAAGAGGCUGUUGAGCCUACGGUGGAGCCUCCACCUAAAAAGGCAACUACUUUAUCCAAGUCAAAGUCGACCAAGACUUCUUCAUCCAAAAAAGAAACAGCAAUACCUCCUCCUGCUCCCGAGCCUGUUGAGAGGAAGGAAAAAUCGCACGACUCUAUUCCAGGCAGUUUCCCGGACGGCCCGGACGACGAAGCCCCGGAGCCGCCAGCUGCUCCAGAACCUGCUCCAGAACCUGCUCCAGAACCUGCUCCAGAACCUGCUCCAGAGCAAGUAUCCAAGAAAACCAAGAAGAGCUCUGAGCCCAAGAAAGAGCCAUCACCUGUGAUAGACGAGCCUACACCCGUUGAGGCACCACCAGCACCAGCCCCGGAAGAGGAACCUGGUGCACCCCCAACUCCGCCUCCUGAAUCUGCUCAUGCGAAGCAUCCUAGAAGGGAACGCACGAAAGUAGAACGUACGGCAGGUGCUUCCUCGUGGGGCUUCUGGGCUGCUGCUCCACCAAAGAAGCCAUCUAAGAGAGACAGUAGACCGAAAGAAGAAAUCGACAUCCCACGGACAAAGGAGCGAUCUCCACCUGCUCUGGCUAGGUCUAAGUCCGAUGCGACCAGGCGUCAUCGACACCGUGUAUCGGAAAACGAAGGCGAGAGAUCGUCCACUUCUGACAGAGAGAGGAAAGCAGAGGCGAAGUCUUCCCGCCAGAAUCGCGGUAUGGGACUCUCCAAUUUUCUCCUUGGCAACGCGCCUCCUCCUCCUUCCAGAACCAAGUCUGGUCGACGGGCUGGCGGUUCUGCCUCGAGACCGACUUCAAGGCGUCCAUCUGUCGACGUUGAGGACUCUGGACUCCUAUCACCGCCUCCUGAUGAAAGACGAGAAAUGCCUGAUAAAGCAGCGAAAAUGAUGGGGAUUAGUUCAUCUAAGCGCAACAGAGAAGGUAGACGGUCAGAAAAAAGAAAAUCAGCGCCCGAUCCUUAUACCUUAGACGAGGAUGAUAUUGUAAUGGUCAACGGAGAUGAAUAUGAUAUAUCCUCGAAGGAGGCCUCAAGAGCCAAAAGGAGAAGUAGGUCCAAAAGAGAGGCGAAAACAAGGGAUGCGGAUGUUCAAGAUGAUAUCGUCAUGGUUGACGCGCCUCAGGGGCCAGAAGUAUUCUCUGGGCCUGAUGAUCUUGCCUUUGUCGAAGCUCCGCCAAAGGAGCGACACCAUAGACGGUCUAGCAAUGCACCUAAGAAGCCAGAAGGCGGUGGAUUCAUGGCGCUUCUUGGAUCGCUGCGGAAGCCUUCGAGACCGGAUCCUCCAGAACGUCGCAGGUCCCGGUCGUAUCGUGACGAUGAUGCCAAACACAUGACGGAUGUUGAGAGGGAAGAAGCCCGACGUAUUAGACGAGAGGAUAGGAAAAGGAGACGAUCAACGAGACCAGAGACUGAUGUGGAAGGCUUUAUGACCGAUGCAGCUCCGCCCGGUGGUGCAGAUACCGAACCUGAAGAUACAGAGGCGCGGAGAGCCGAACGCAGAGCAAAACGCUCUUCACGGCACGCUGCUGAACUCAGAGAAGCUGAAGAGCGCCGGAUUAGGAGGCGAGAGGAAAAAGAGGCCCGUGAGAAGCGUGCCCGCGAGGAAGAGGAAAGGGAAGAAGAAAGGAGACGUGAAGAAAAAAGAGCCCGUAGAGCUGCUCGGGAGGAACGCCGGGCCCGGGAGGAGCAGGAAGCUAGAGAAACAGAAGCCCGCGCUGAAGCCAGAGCGACAGAACGACGCGAACGACGACGCACAAGAGAGGUAGAAGAAAUGAACGGGGGCUCCAGACACCGGUCCAAAUCUGGUCGACGACGCUCUCACGCGCCGGAGGAGGACUAUGCUGGUGAACGACACCAUCAACCUGGCCGAUCGAGACGUCGAAGACCAACUGCACCAGACCCGGCAGAGUUCCACCCUGUUAUGUCUGGCGGUAAAGAUAAAACGUCGUCUUGGGUCCAUUCGCAAGCCACAGAUCCUCCCGAGCCACCUCCACUUGUAGCCACUGUGAUUGAUGUACCGACAGGCCCUGAUGCUCAAAACGGCCACUCUCUGUCUUCGGAUGAGGAGGCUCGUCGGGAAAUGCGUCGUUUGGCUCGUCGACGCGCCAAAUAUCCGGGACUCACCGAUGAUGAGAUUGCAGAACGACGUGCUCGACGUCGAGAAGCACGCAGGGGCGACCGCGACGGUAUCAAGAGCAGCUCAGGAAGCGGCGACUACGAACGCGAGCGUUGGAGCAGAGCAUACGACAGCCGGCAUGCACCUCCCGCCAGUGGAACGAAAAGAACAAGCUGGCUGAAGCGACUCACUACGCUGUGAAGUUGCAUAGUGAGAUACCGAAAGUAUCUUGAAGCGGGUUUCUGUUCAGUCCUUUCUUCCAACCAACCCCCCAUGGUAGCUGCGCUAUGGACCGCUCAUGUUACGAUUGAUAUGAUGAAA